AUGAUCCACGCUCGUCCAUUCGGCACCCUCCCCACCAGUCCCAUCGCCCCAUCCAUGCCCGGCGAACUCUCCUACCCUCCCCUCGACCCAGGACGUUUAGAGGCUUUCUUUGUCGCUUUCGGCGGUGAGAUGAGGCGUCGGGAAGGAGCAGACGGCCUCAUCGACCUACUCGGGAGUCACCAGGUGCCUGCGAGAGCACAGUACCUGCGUCAGCUUGUUUCGUCGUUGCCGGACGCGGUCAUCAUCAUCGUGGCUCCGGUUGCAGCUGUACCGGCGCUUAAGCGCCUCUGUAUCGCUGCCGUCAAGUCGUUGCACUUGGCGAAACCCGUGCACAUCGAAAUCCGAUCCAGAGAGGAGCAUUACCAUUCGAUCGGGAAGAAGUGCUGGGAAUUGGAGAUGAUGUUCGGACACGACGACAGCGAGGCGCAUGAUUACGACGCCCGCGGCUCCGGCCAAGCCAUGCUGAACGACGGAAGCGACAUCUCCGACGACGACACGGCCGAACCCCGCGAGAUCGAAGACCAUGCCGGGAUCCUCAAAAUCGACGAAAACGUGGCGGCCGAGAUGGAUCGCGUCCUCGGGACAACGAGGUCGAUGAGCCUGCCUGGACGAAGGCUUCCAGAAUCCUGCGCGCGAGGAGAAUAG